AUGGAAUUGGGUGGAGCCCGCGGUAGGGAUCCCAAAACCCUCUUCCGCGCCGACUCGAGCCGCACGCUGCUCGACGUGAUCCGUGACGACCCCCCCUCGAAGGACGGGCACAGGAGCUGGCGCCACUUCAAGGAGAAGCUCAAGCGCCGGGACAGCGGCGGCCGAGGCUCCGCAUGGACAUCCACCGUCCCCGUCCCGACAUCCGACAUCCCCAUCCGGGCCUCCUCCUCGGGGGCACUGGGCCCUUCCUCGGCCCGGAUAAGCCCGAUCCACGACCAGACGGACCCGCCCAACAUAUCGGCCGUGGCCAGCGGGCGGUUCGACCAGAGUGGGCCUGCAUUCCCGAUGCGGAGGCUUCAAAGGGAGGAGAACAACGAGGAUGAAGAGGAGGAGGAGGAGUCGGGGGAGCUGACCCCGCCGGUGAGGAUGUCGCUGAUGUCAUUGCUGGCGGAGACGGACGAGAAGAUAGGGAUGGACGGGCUGGCUUACAUGAUGGAGGACGAGGACGAGGAAGAGGAAGAGGAGGAGGACGGGGGAGGAGAGUACAAUAGCUGCUGCGUUUGCAUGGUGAGGCACAGAGGCGCGGCAUUUAUGCCGUGCGCCCACUCCUUCUGCAGGCUAUGCUCGCGGGAGAUGUGGGUCGAGGAGCGGGGGAACAAGUGUCCCUUGUGCAAUAACUACAUAUUGGAGAUUCUUGAUGUUUUUUGA